UGAGUGUUCCGCUUCAAUUGCGGAAUACAAUUCUAUCUCAUUUACUCGUGUCGUGCUCUCACCCUGGAGACACGCCUGUAUUACUUUAUGUCUGCUUGUUUGGUUUGCUUGUUCCUCUUGCAGCUCGCUCGCGGGAUACUUAGUUUCUUCGCUUCGUUUCUCCUUAGUUUACGGAUCAUCAUCCGUUUGGUAUUGAUUCCGUUUCAUUUUACUUUUCCCGCACUUUACCGCUUUCUCGCAUCAUCCUUUAACAUGAGAAGUAGGACUUAGACAUGCAUCUGGCCAAGCCCUCGAAAGAGGCUCUGUUUUUGUUGGUGUGUUUAUAUUUGUGCUUUGCGGCAGGGAGUCACGGUGUAAUAAGUCCUAUAUGGCACUCCGUUAAGUCCUCAUGGAAGGCAUGCGGUCAAGGGUUCGUAAUCAACCCCCGCCUAGUCUCAUCGAGUCUGUUCAUUAUGCGCACGCCUCGCGUCGCUUGCUUUUGAACGUGCAAAAGAUCUUGUUAUCGAGUAUGUCAGGUAAAGGGUUCAUGCAAUCGGACCCCCGCCUUUCUUAUAGCUCGCGUCGCUCGACGUUGAUGCUCGGUGUACGCACGCACCGUUUUCCUUUACGAUCCGUGACGGCUUGGUUGCUGAGAGGGGUCCGCCUUCUUGUCUAUGGCCCGAUCAUUUUCGCGAGGUCUGAUGCUUGGUUGACUUGGGUUGAGCUGCUCCCCUUGGCUAUGGCGGGACCGCCUUUCUACCAUUUGGCCAGUGCCUUUGGUUUGUUUGCUUCACGAGUGGAUGCUCGUUUGUGUGCUAUAUUGUUUGCAUUCGCUUUUCCCCCGUAGGUUGUUUAGUUUAGUUUAGACUGAUACCCUUUGUAUGAUAACAUUAGGUAGCAAGCUUUCCCCUUAGCUUAGGUCUUCCUCAUGCAUCCUUUAAAACACAAACCACACUCUUUGAUUUUCUUUUCUUAAGAGCUUGUUAUUUCCGCUCCAUUCCCAAGCGUAAGCCUCCAAAGGUCGAGCAGCGGAGUGUGAAUGUAACUUGUUCACCUAAAAAACACAAAACAAACAGAAAUUAGUUAGCCGAGCUACGGUAGCUCUGAUUCUGCAAAACAGAUACGUAGGCAGCGGGGUAGGGCCCGUGCGAGCACAAUCCUUUCUUUUCCCUACAUUCUGCAUUCAUUUUAGUCCAGAUUAGCGUAGUUUGCUUACACACCCAUAGAUUUAGACACAGGCGUGGAUACCAUCGAGUACGAUGGGCGCGAGGGGUGCUAGCACCUUCCCCUCGCGUAACCGACUCCCUUACCCUCUUCUCUGGUCGUGAGACCGUUGUUUUGUUUUGUGGUUUGCUGGCAUUCCCUUCCUUUUCAGGAUAAAUAUGUUAGUGGCGACUCUGUUAAUUUUCGCGGUAGCGACAGCUGGCGACUCUGCUGGGGACGUCUCGACCUGUUGCUGGUCCGGACCUAGCGAGUCGAUCCUAGCGCUUGUGUGUUUAUCAUUGGGUGUUUUAUCGCUUUGCAUAUUUAUCUGUUUGCAUUGCAUUCUAUGUGCGCUUUUACUUUUCUGCAUCAUAUUCUGGACUGUCUGGAUUUCUAUCUGUGGGUGGGUGUUUCAAGAGGUAAAAGGCCCAAUACCCAGGCUAUGAGUGAUACCAUAGGAACUAGGACUAGAGUGGCCGUGACGGACAGAGGGCGUAUGCCUGAUUGAUCUGAUCACGUAUCCACGGGCAGAGCUUGGUGGAAUGAGGCAAUAUCGUAUGAUAGCGCCUACAUUCGAUCCUCUGUUGGCUUUUCGACCUACCUUGGCCUAGAUUUACCCGUGAGCGGGGCGGGAAUCAAUAAUUGCUUAACAGGUACAUUGAUGGUGACUUCGGUUCUUGUUCGUGGGUUACCGCGGUUCUUGUUCGUGGUGUACCGCUGUUCUUGUUCGAGGGUUACCAUUGUUCCUGUUCGAGUGUACUGUUGUUCUUGUUUGUGGGGUACUAUGGUUCUUGUUCGAGUGAUGAUCAAUGUUCUAUGGAUGUUGGUUCCGUGGGUUGACAUUCUAUGUACCGUAUGGUAUACCAUUUGGGGGCCGAACCUUUGGCUCUGUAUUAUGUGUGUUACCGGCAGUCCAGAAUGCCCGGUGGGCGGCAACAAGUUCCACCACUUUGCAUCAUAGCAUAUUUAUUUUCAAAAGAAACGCAAAAAAAAAAUGUAUAAUAAUAAGCAUUUGCAUGUCAUAUUUUCAGGGAUAUUCAGGAGUUCACCCAAGUUGAAGAUGGACAUUCCCACUGAUACUGUCAAAGAGCGUACAAGGCACACCAGAGCUUAUAAGAUUCCGGAUAUUGAUGUUUCGGGGGUGAUUGGUUUGAGUUCUCGGUUGGAAGGGGAGGUUCUUCGUGACUUCAAUCAUGACUAUGGCAAUUUGCUCUCCAUCCUCAAGACAUCUUUCGAUCCAAUGGCUUUGAUCACCCUGUUGCAGUUCUAUGAUCCACAGUUGAGGUGUUUUACGUUUCAGGACUAUCAACUGGUGCCAACACUCGAGGAGUUUUCUUACAUACUCAACAUCCGAAUCACUGAUGAUGUACCUUUCAUUCGAGUUCCCGAGGUUGUGAGAUUUGAAAAAAUAGCUGAAGCUCUUCACAUGGGUAUAAAGGAGGUGGAAAGAAAUUGGAAGUCAUCGGGCGGUGUUUCUGGUUUCUACCUUUGCUUUUUGAUCAGUAGGGCUGAGGAUGCGGCGAAGAAGGAGCAGUGGGUUGAUUUUAGUCGUUUGCUUGCUAUCAUGAUUUAUGGUAUUGUUUUAUUCCCUUCAAGAGAAAACUUUGUGAGUUUGGCGGCGAUUUGUGUCUUUAUGAACAAAAACCCCGUGCCAACGUUGCUUGCGGACGCUUAUUUUUCGAUCCAUUCGAGAGGUAAGAAGGGAGGAUAUGUUGUUGGUUCUUGUCUUCCGUUGUUGUAUCAGUGGUUCAUGUUGCAUUUGCCGGUGAGAGGACCUUUUGUGCUCAAGAAGAGUUCUCUUAAGUGGUCAGAUAGGAUUGUUAACCUCACAUCUUAUGAUAUCAGGUGGAACUAUUGUGUGGGGAAGGUUUGGAGCAUUAUCACUAGUUGCGGUCGAUAUCCCAACGUUCCUCUCAUGGGAACCAAAGGUUGCAUUAGUUACAACCCCACACUCGCUUAUCGUCAAUUGGGAUAUGCAAUGGAAAGGGCUCAGGAUGAUGUAGAAGCAUCUGAAUCAGUGUACUUUGCUGAUGGUGAAGAUCCCCUGGAGCUAGAGAAGAUAGCGUAUGCUUGGACCAAAGUUCACAAAAGAGAUCAGAAUACUUUGAGCAAGAAAGUUCCUAUUGCCAUGGGUCCUUACCGAAAGUGGGUUGAAGCAAGAGUGGCAAAUCUGUUGUUGCCAUUUGCGAGGUCAUAUCCAUUGUAUGAGCAACCUCCCGUGGUUUUAUCUGAUACCGUUGCGGCUGAACUCUAUAUGCAAACUGAAGCAGACAACAUCAAACUAAGAGCAAAGGACAAUGAGGUUGGCUUGGAGAGGUAUUUUCAAGAUCGCGAAAAGGCGGAAUUGGCUCGUAAGCUCAAGCAUGCGCAAGGUGAAGGUUCAAGCAUGACGCGUGCCCAAAGGCGAUCUCAUGACUUGAUGGAAGAAAGCUUGUACCGAAAACAGCAGGAAUGUGCGAAGUUGCGAAGGUCCGAAAGCAAUAGCAAGAGAAGGAUGCAGGACUCAGAAAAACAAUUGAUGGAAGAGGAAGCCAAGUCAGCUCGACUUGAAGAAGAGCUUGCAACCCUCCGGUCCCAGCGGAGAGGAGAUGGAGGAGCUCAUUCUGUUGUCAGACGAUCCUAAUACUGCUGUGGUUUGGAUUUGUUUGGUCUAGGGUUUUGGUUUGAUGUGUAUUCCUGAUGUUUGUCGCCCAUGUCCAGGAUUGUUGGAUGGGGUCGCAUUUUGAUGUUCUGGAUUUUCUUUUGUAUGCCUUAUGAGCACUUUGUGACACGAUUAUGUGUUUUAUCUGUAUGAACUCAAAUUCUCAGUUAUGUUUGAAUGAAAUAUGCUCAGUUUGACGAAUUAUUCUCGUGUGUGGAUUGCUGUUCAAAUAUAUUCAGUAUCAGGGUUGCUAUGUCCUAUCUGAAAGUGGGAUGAACUCUUGGAUACCUGAAAGUUGACAAACAUUUCAUGCAUAUCAUUCAUAUAUCAUACAUGUCAUAUAUUUGCAGAUUUUUGCAGGGCU